CACCCGCGGACUCUCGUCGCUGUUCACGGUUGUCCCCUGCCUGUCCUGCCACACGGCGGCGCCGAGCAUGAGCGCUUCCACGCCUGGCCCCGGGCCGGAGCCCAAGCCCCAGCCCAAGCCCCAGCCUCAGCCCCAGCAAGUGCCGAAGCCCGAGCGGCAGCCGGUGUCGGAACAGGUGUCGGAGCCCGUUUCUGAGCCGGUGCCAAGACUGGAGCCUGAGAAGACGUCCGAGCCAAGGCCAGAGUCCAAACAGGGAACGGAACUGCUGCUGGGUUUGGGGCGGGGGUCAGGGCCCCGGCCAGAGUUGGGCUCCAGUGUAGGGGCUGGGCCCUGCCCCAAGGCCUCAUCAGAGCAGCUGCCGGCCCUGGGGCCAGUCGUGGGGAGCGCGCCCUGGACCAAACCCGAGCCGGGGUCGCUGCCGGCGUCAAAGCCCCCGCCCCUGCUGCGACCCGGACAGGUGAGGGCGUCUCUUGGGGUUCCAAUGUCAGGGACUGGCGCGACCUCCGCUGCGCCCAAGGUCUUACUGCCUCUGGACAGCUUCAAGGGCUGGCUGCUCAAAUGGACCAACUACCUGAAAGGCUACCAGCGCCGUUGGUUCGUGCUCAGCAAUGGUCUGCUGUCUUACUACAGAAAUCAGGGUGAAAUGGCCCACACCUGCCGUGGCACCAUCAACCUGUCCACCGCGCACUUUGACACGGAGGACUCUUGCGGUAUCGUGCUAACCAGUGGGGCAAGGACCUACCACCUCAAGGCCAGCUCGGAGGUGGAGCGGCAGCAGUGGAUCACCGCCCUGGAGCUGGCCAAGGCCAAGGCUGUCCACAUGAUGAGCAGCCACUCAGCCAACAGUUUCAAAAGCACAUGCAGUGACUCCUGCCCGUGACUCUUGUUCCCAGCCACACCCACCCUGUGAUCCCUCCCAGAG